AUGGGAUUGCAUUUGCAUUUGCAUUUGCUGCGAGCCCAAUUACUUGUGUCAAUUCUGCUUAUUUUUGUUUCAAGAUCAGUUUCUACUCAAUCAAAUUUCCAAAUAGCAAAGCCCAACUGUACGGAUCAUUGUGGAAAUGUAAGUAUUCCCUUCCCUUUCGGCAGGAGUGAAGGCUGUUACUUUAACGAAUCAUUCUUAGUCACUUGUAAUGACACCCACUAUAAUCCUCCCGAACCAUUCAUUGGAGACUCGAGCAUAAAUAUCACAAGCAUAUCCCUGGAGGGCCAAUUGCGUGUCUUGCAAUUCAUAGCAAAAGACUGUUAUUCUCGGAAUGGCACCAGUGUGUUAAAUAUUGAACCCUCGAUAACAGUGCCCAGUGGAUUCAUGGUCAAUCCUACUGCCAAUAAGUUCAUUGUCGUUGGUUGUGAUACUUACGCUUUUGCAUCUGGGUACCGGGAGAACCGGAAUUACUCGACAGGGUGUAUUUCCCUGUGUCAAAACGAGGAUGAUCUGGUCGAUGGCUCAUGUACUGGUGUAGGCUGUUGCCAGAUGCUUAUCUCGAAACAGUUGCGGGGAGUUCAGGUGACAUUGAAUAGCUUUGAUAAUUUCACUCGUGUGUCGGACUUCGAUAAUUGCAGCUAUGGUUUUGUAGCUGAGGAAAGUGCGUUCACUUUCUCCGCAAGUAGUCUUUCCAACCUGAAGAAUGUGGAAAUGCUUCCAAUGGUGAUUGACUGGGCAGUUGGAGAAGGAACUUGUGAGGAGGCUCGAAAUAACAUUUCUAGUUAUGCAUGUAAAAGUGAGAAGUCCAAGUGUUAUGAACCCGAUAAUGGUUAUGGGUAUCGUUGUCGUUGCCAGGAAGGUUAUGAAGGAAAUCCAUACCUCGAUGAUGGCUGUAAAGACAUUGAUGAAUGUAAGCAUCAAAGUCUCAAUAAAUGUAAAAAGAAAUGUGAGAACACACCAGGGGGGUAUAAGUGUGUUUGCCCGAAAGGCUACCAUGGAGAUGGUAAAAAAGAUGGACGAGGUUGCAUUCGUGGUCAAUCACUAAUAUUCAAACUUGUUCCAGGUUAG